UGAUGCCGUCAAACCUAAAUGGGUGAUUUCCUUAUGAAUAUGACCCUAAUGCUGAUCUCACCUGUCGCUCUCUGCGUUGUUAGAAUCCGAUAAUGAGAGCAGGGAGCAUGCCUUCUUCCCAGACUAAAGCAAUUAUGAGUCAUUUUCAAACAGUGUAAAAGUAAUCCUUAAAUCUCCACCAUAUUUGUAAAAAUCUCUUAUCCGUCUAUCUUUAUUUAUUUAUUCAGGGUUAUUAUUUUAGAACGGAAAAAUCAUUUACCUGUAGCCGGAGUUCAGUUCAGGUGAUUUUAUGCUUAUGCAAUUGGCUACAAACUUGUGCCACAACUUGAGACUGGCUGAUUAAAGAUGGCCUCUGUAUAUAAGCAAUUUGGACUUUCCAAUAUUUUGGGGCAUAAAAAAUGUGAUAGCUACCUGCUUUUCAGUGGUGAAACCUCUCUAGGAGAUGGAUUCCAGGCUUUCUUAUAUAUUGUUGGUCUUGCUUACUGUUUCAUUGGAUUGUCAUCUAUAACUGCUCAUUUUUUCCGUUCUAUGGAGAAUAUAGUGAAACAUUCGCGUAGGGUAGUAGAAAUAGAUCCUUGCAGUAAUGCCAAAAUUGUUAGAUAUGAAAAGGUAUGGAAUUAUGCUAUUGCAGACAUAACCUUGUUGGCCUUUGGAACUAGCUUUCCUCAAAUAUCUUUAGCUACUAUUGAUGCAAUACAAAACCUUGGAAGCUUAUAUGCUGGAGGUUUGGGUCCUGGAACGCUUGUUGGUUCGGCUGCAUUUGACCUGUUUCCUAUCCAUGCUGUUUGUGUUGUUGUUCCAAAGGCUGGAGAAUUGAAAAAAAUAUCUGAUAUAGGAGUUUGGUUGGUAGAGCUCUUUUGGUCUUUCUGGGCUUAUGUCUGGCUGUACAUAAUUUUAGAGGGAACUUUGAGCAAUGUGCUCUGGUGUAAUUCUUUGGAUUUGUAUGUUGAAGGUAUGGACUCCAAAUGUGGUUACAGUUUGGGAGGCCCUGUUGACGGUAUUGCAAUUUGGGUUACCUCUGAUGCAUGCUUAUGCUCAAGACAAACAGCAAGAAGUGAGAGGCCAGAGGACUGGGUGCCUGAAGAGGCAGCUUCAUGUAAAGAUGAAAACAAUGUUUAUGAUGGCUACGCUGGAAUAUGUCAAGAUGGUUCAGCGUAUCAAAAAAUAACAGGAUCUGAAGAUGAUGCUGAAUCCUCCAAUGAACCUUUUGAUAAGGAGAUCAACAGAGACACUCCUAGUGUGGUUGCACUAUGGAAACAACAAUUUGUGGAUGCACUCAUGCUGGAGAACCAAGAAUCAAGUAAAUUGAACAAUUUGUAUCUAUGGUUAGCAAGAAUAUUUUGGCAAUCUCUUCUUGUGCCGUGGAGACUUCUGUUUGCCUUUGUGCCUCCGUAUCAUAUUGCUCAUGGGUGGAUUGCCUUCAUAUGCUCUCUACUUUUCAUCAGUGGAAUAGCUUACAUUGUAACACAACUCACUGAUCUCAUAAGCUGUGUCACAGCAUUAGCAGCUGGAACUUCAUGGCCAGAUUUAGUGGCAAGUAAGAUUGCUGCUGAACGACAGAUAACAGCAGACUCAGCUAUAGCAAAUAUUACUUGCAGCAAUUCUGUGAACAUAUAUGUGGGCAUCGGCAUUCCAUGGCUGAUUGACGCUGCAUACAAUUUCAUCGCAUAUGGGGAACCAUUGACAAUAAAGAAUGCAGAGGGACUCAGUUUCUCUUUGCUUGUAUUCUUUUGUUGUUCAGUGGGUUGUAUUGGUGUUCUGGUGUUUAGGCGUCUGACACUGGGUGCAGAGCUUGGAGGGCCAAGGUUUUGGGCUUGGGUUACCUCUGUGUUCAUCAUGUUGCUUUGGAUUAUAUUUGUUGUGCUCUCCUCACUCAGAGUUUCUGGAAUCAUAUAAGAAAAAUUGUUACCUUCAAACUUAAUCCUAUAUAUAUUUUUUAUUUUUUAUUUUCCAUA